UUUACCUAAUUUUUAGGAUAAUAGUUUAAGAAUCCAUUAAAAAUACUUGUUUACUAAUAAUCUGAACAUUGAGGGGAUGUUUCCCUCCUGAUGGUUCCUCACUAAUCGUGGUGUUGAUGGCCCUGCUACUUCAAACCUGAGUGGAAAAAUAUAAUUUCUUAAAAGUUCAGAAGUAAACUUUUCAAAUUCAAACUUCAAAUUUCAAAUCAAAACAAAGAGAAAACGAGCCUAAGAAUUGUUGCAAGGGUUAUUACUCUAUUUUGCUGUCAAGCAGGCCAUUGCAGAUAUGAAGACAGCUAAUUUCUACAGUCGGAUGCGCUAGAGAAAAGAUCAACCACAAAUAAGCGUGUUCAAAUAGACAUUUACAUGCAUUUAAAAAGACUUGACUGACAAACAUAUAACCAAGCCAUUGUACAUAUGACAAAACCAAGCAAGGUUUCAUUUGUGGAUGUGACCCAGUUUAAUGCAGGUUAGCUGCUCUGAAGAAGGAAGUGAAGCAAGACAUUAACCUCAUAAGGACGUGCAAUUCUGCAUUGUCUGUCUCUGUGUUCUUGGGGUGCAUUUGUGUAGCAUCACACACUGGCUGGAUCACUGCAGUUUAUUGUCAUCGGGAGGAAAUAUUCUUAGCCAAUUUGACAUCCACCACUAGCACCAAAUGAACUCGUCAGGUGGUCAAGAGGUUGAACAGAAUGCAACAGGAAGUGAGAAGAUGGAACUUCCUGUAAUGACUCAACCUGGCCUCGGGAUGACCACGACAACAGUGACCACAAUUAGUCAGACGGGUGGAGACUGGAGCACAGGGCUGUUUGACGUGUGUGGUGACACCAGCACAUUUCUGAUGGGUGCGUUUGUGCCAUGCUGUUUGGACCUGAGUGUAGCUCAUCAGUAUGGAGAAUGCAUGUGUCUGCCGCUGCUGCCUGGAUCUACAUUUGCCAUGAGAGUGGGCAUCCGAGAGCGCUUUAAGAUCAGGGGCAGUGUGUGUGAGGACUGGACUACGGUCUAUUGCUGCUACCCUCUGGCCCUCUGUCAGAUGAUCAGAGAGAUGAAGAAGAGGCUGAAGACGCAGACCUACACCGUUUCCACGGUGCUGGAGAGCUCAUGAGAUACUCUGUGUGUGGGGUCAGGACAUUUGGUCCCCACAAUGAAGGCACAACAUAAAUCACCUACAAAGUGGGGAUCAGCCAACAGUUCAAAUGAGGAAAAUGGUUUGAUAAAUAAGAUUUCAAUUCUAGUUUAAAAUGGGAAGUUUCAGGGGUAGUGCGUAGCAAAUGUCUUUAGAUCAGUAUAAAAAUUAUUGAAGUCAUUAGAAAGUCCCCACUAUGAGAGAAAAACUAAUGUGUGUGUGUGUGCAGUCAGCUCAGAUUGUCUUCUCAUCAGUGUUUUUGAUGAUGUUAAGGACUAGGGGCAGUCUCAGUUGUCAGCAUGUUUAUUACCCAGGGUCCAGAAGUUCAUGCAGGGUAAGACAUAUUAGUAUUCUUUGCUUGGAGAUUGAUAUGUCUGACAUUUCAAAUUGACAGAUAGAUGGAGAGACAGAUGGGUAGAGAGAUGCAUGAGUGGAGAGUGGAGGUGUACACUUUGAUUUCAUACUGUUGUCUCACAGUUCAUGUACACAUGCAGUUUUAUUAUGUAUUAAAGCUGAAGUGUAAUUUCUGUGCCGCAACUGUCACCAAACAGAACUGCAAAAAUAAUGACUGUUGAUAAUAAAUGUAGUGAAUGUCAAACAGG